AUGACGUCAAUGGGUCCUAAAAAAAAGUGGUAGAAAAAGCGCCUAUUUGGAUUUAUGUCUUUGGGUAUUACCUGUAUGGGUUUUUCAUUAUUAUUCCAUAUGUAAAAAUUAGGGGGUUGUAGAUUCCCAAAUGUAUCCAUAUUUGAUCGAAACAAUUCAAAUUCAUGUCAAACCAAUCCAGGUUUAUUUUAGGACAGCAUUAUUUUAGGCCCAAGUGUUUUGGCGUUGUUCAAUCAUGGCGGAAUUGAAGGUCUAGGGAACUGAGGUGGAUCCUCAGUAAAGAAAAACAUAUUUUUCAUAUUUUGGUGGGUGCAACUUCCAUUGGAUUAAUAUGUAAUCAUUUAUUGAUCCGUUCAAUCAGGACUGUCAUAACGACGUUGCAAUCGUCUCAACACUGCAUGGUAAGUUGGAAGAAGGAAAGCUCCCAGCUAGCCGAAUAGCUACUGUAGCUAGCUAUCUAACGUCGUUAGCUUACUCCCAGGGGGAUGCUUGCACAACUUGAAAUGCUUGAUAGCAGCUAGAUCUAUGCAAACAUAGUUUAUCUUAGUGUUAGAUAUUAUACGAAUAUAUAUUUAUUUGCUGUAAUGUUGUAUUUUGAAUUUUUGUCACGCACUCUCAAUGUAGUUAACGCGUUACCUCGCUAAUGUUGUGUAGGCUAAGUAACGCUGGUUUUGCAAAGCAGAGUAAGUCAUUUGGCACCCGUAGGCUACUUCUAGCUACAUAGUGUCACUGUUUAGCUAGGCUACUGAAAGCGUUUUCUUCCAUGUCAAUGAUAUCUAGAUGGUAGAACUGAAAGAGUAUUUAAACCUCUUACUGAAAGCAUGUCAACAGGUACCAACCAAUGAUAUGUAUUAACCCUAGAAGACUGACAGGGGGCGCUGUUUUGAAGCUACCGCGCAGCCAUUUUGGUACGAUACACUCUUUUCAUGCCACUUCCAUUCCGUACUAGGUUAGGAGAAUUUACGCAGCAGGUUGUGGAGACUGAGGCUAAGGUUAGGAAAAGGGUUAGGGUUAGCGAAAAGGUUAGUGCUCUCCUAACCUGCUACGAAAAUCAAUUCUUAAAAGUGUGUCCCAUUUGGUGCUCCUCCAUUGUAAAAAAUAACAAUAAUAAUAGUAAUAAUAAUAAUAAAAUAACGAUUUUGGAAGCAAUAGAAAUGCUUUUAUUCUACAUUCGAUUUUGACAAGUAUAUUCCAUUAUAGACACCUUAAUGCAUAAUUACAAAUGAUAUGUGAACUGAACAUAAAAAUGUAUUAAAACAUACUAAACAAAGCAAUUAUUUUUUUGAGAAUACUAAUGUUACACUGUCCCCACUACAACAAAUCAAUACUUAAAUACAUGUAAUUUUGUCCUUGAAACAUUUGAUUGAAUACUGUAGAAUUCCAUUCAUUUCUAUGGAGGACUGCGCCUUCUUAGGAGUACCAAUAUGGCCGACAGGUGGCUUCAAAGCCUCUCAUUGGCCAUUACAUAACAUCAGCAAUCCAGGGUUUAUACACAUCAUUGGUACCAGCUCUGAGAAUAAGUUUACUAAUAAUAAUAGACAGGUGGCUUAGGUUAGUUAACUAGCUUGUAUCAAUCCUGAUCUCCCGAGUGGCGCAGUGGUCUAGCUGUGCCACUAGAGAUCCUGGUUCGAGAUCCUGGUUCGAAUCCAGGCUCUGUCGUAGCUGGCCUUGACCGGGAGACCCAUGGGGCGGCGCACAAUUGGCCCAGCGUCGUCCAGGGUAGGGGAGGGAAUGCCCAGCAGGGAUGUAGCUCAGUUGGUAGAGCAUGGCAUUUGCAACGACAGGGUUGUGGGUUCGAUUCCCACGGGGGGCCAGUAUGAAAAAUACAAAUGUAUGCACUCACUAACUGUAAGUCGCUCUGGAUAAGAGCGUCUGCUAAAUGACUAAAAUGUAAAUUUGGAAGCUGCUGGCCGUGCUUGUUUAUGGUUUAAUAAUAUCCAUAUAUGGAACUUCUAUUACUGACAUGUCCAUAUUGCAUUAUCCAGUUCUGAUAUAUUAUGACUUAUCGGUACACAGUGCUGGACCUUCUUCCACCAUUACUUUGUAUGUGAAAGGUACCCUUACACUAAGAGUUGGAGAAACGUAUUCAUGUGGUCCUCUGUAGCUCAACUGGUAGAGCACGGCGCUUGUAACGCCAAGGUAGUGGGUUCGAUCCCCGGGACCACCCAUACACAAAAAUGUAUGCACGCAUGACUGUAAGUCGCUUUGGAUAAAAGCGUCUGCUAAAUGGCAUAUUAUUAUUAUAUUUCAAAUAAAGGAUUUGUAGUGCAUGGAUAAUCUAGAAGAUUACUUAUUUGCCAUGUCCUCUCCUCUUCUGCUCGCUCUCAAUGUAGUUGAUGAUUCAGCAGGAGAAACCGCAGCUGCCCGGCACCAUGCCUGUGGUGUGGCCCACCCUCCUUGACUUGGGCAGGGAUGAGUGUAAGAGAAUCCUCCGUAAACUUGGUAAGUGCCUUUCAACUUCUCCGGCCUCUCUGGCUUGCCUUAUGCAUGAAGUGAUUUGUCACUUUCAAAACCCCCAAAUGUUACUGCUAUUUCAGAGUGAAAGUUGUUUUUAAUGAUAAACCGUAUUGUUUCAACAGAGCUGGAGGCGUACGCCGGUGUUAUCAGUGCUUUGCGAGCCCAAGGCGACCUCACCAAGGAUAAGAAGGAUCUCCUUGGAGAACUCACUAAAGUCCUCAGGUAAACCAGCAAAGUCACUAUAUUUUUCUCAUAGCUAGAGGAACCUAUGAAAUAUGGGGCCCUUUUCUUAGUGAAAACAAACUCGGCUUGUGACUUAAUUGCUCAUACUUUCUUUGCUAAUACAGUAUGGUUGUCUCCCACAGCAUUUCAACAGAACGUCAUCGUGCCGAGGUCCGUAGGGCAGUCAAUGAUGAGCGCCUUACCACUAUUGCCUAUCAGUAAGUCAAGUUACCCUCUCAAGAUGAUCAAUACUAAAACUACAUACACAUUAUGACCUACUACCACAUACAUCAGUCCCUCAAUUUAUCAUACAUUUACCAUGACAAUUGUCUCUGUCUUGUCACAGUAUGUCAGGUCCCAACAGCUCCUCAGAGUGGUCCAUCGAGGGACGUCGGCUGGUCCCGCUGAUGCCCAGACUGGUCCCCCAGACGGCAUUCACUGUGACAGCCAACGCAGUGGCCAGCGCCACAGCCAAUCAGAACGCCUCGCUUCUGCUGCCCGCCGAAACAGGAAAUAAAGAAGGUAAGAUCAGACAGCUCAAGGUGGAAAUUGCCCUUAACCACAGAUCUAGGAUCACAUUACCUUACUCCUAAGCUUAACCUGAGGGUUAAUCCAUUUGAAUUCAUUCACUUUUUGACAGCACCUCUUUUGAUUUGAACUAAACCUUCCAUACAUAUUUGCCCAUUGUAAAUAUACUUUUUGAACCUGAAUGGCAAAACAUUCAAUAGAUGAAGGUGCUCAAAGUUGACCUAUUUUGCGUACCCCCACCAUACCAUGAGACAUCCAUGUCUUCAUCACUGGAAAAGAUAAACGGUUGAGAUUUGAUAUAAUUUAAAAGCUUACAAACAGGGUUUUCUUGGAGAAAUGUUUUUAACUAUAUAUAUUAUUUUUUUCUACCUUAAACGUCAAUUAUCUAAAAAUGCGUAAACUCAGACUUCUUAAAAUAUUAGCAAAUGUUGUAGCUUAGACCCUAUUUUACAUAAUCUGGCUCUGUAUAAUUAGUUAGGAGUAACUUUCUACCUGCAACAUCAACUGAAGCAGAAGGAAGACCAUAAAUAAUCAAUUACUUAUGUCUCCUUAUAGUGUAUUUUAUAAGAAGUAUGGUUAUUUGUUUGCAGUGGUUGUUUGCUACUCCUACACAAGCACUACCCCCACCAGUGCCACGGCGCCCAGCGGCAGUGCAGCAGCCACGGUGAAAUCCCCCCGUCCGGCCAGCCCUGCCUCAAACAUGGUGGUGCUGCCCAGCGGGAGCACCGUCUAUGUGAAAAGUGAGUGUCAGAACAGAUUCCAUAUUUGUUUAUUCUUUUACUUCGGAAAGAAAAAUAUGUUAUUUAAGAAUGUUGCGUUGGUUUAGGGGUCUCCGGUGUGACACUCCCUAAACAGAACGUGCAAGUCUGUCAAUGUAUCCCUGCAUUCUUUUUCUCAUUUUACAUUUGUCUCCGUCUGUAUGUUUCUUUCUCUCUCGCUCUCUCUCCCAGGUGUGAGCUGCUCGGAUGAGGACGAGAAGCCGCGUAAGCGGAGGCGGACUAACUCCUCAAGCUCCUCCCCUGUGGUGCUGAAGGAGGUGGCCAAAGUGGCCCCGCCCAUGUCCAAGACCAUCACCGUGCCAGUGAGCGGCAGCCCCAAGAUGAGCAACAUCAUGCAGAGCAUCGCCAACUCCCUGCCGCCGCACAUGUCCCCCGUCAAGAUCACCUUCACCAAGCCCACCACCCAGACCACCAAUACCACCACACAGAAGGUGAGCAGGAGAAAGCUGACCAGAGUUCUGCAUAAAGCCUUUGGUUCUAUAGGCAAAUAGUCAAUAUAGUGAGUGUGAGCCAAAUAAUAUAGGAACGGUUGAAUAUGUUUGAAUGAUCGUAAGUGAUUGCAUACUUGAUUGUAAGGGAUUGUGUACAUGAACUUGAUUGUAAGUGGCUGUGUAGCUUACUGUAUAAUGUAUGUUUUGUCAGGUGAUCAUUGUGACGACCUCUCCAAGCUCCAACUUCGUUCCCAACAUCCUGUCCAAGUCUCACUCCCACAACUACGCGGCGGCCAUGUCCAAGCUGGUGUCCACCUCCAUGCUGACUUCGGCCAACCAGAAACAGACAGUGUUCAUCCCGGCCAGCUCCAGUCCCUCCUCGGCCACCAACACGGUCGCUGUGACCACCAUGGUUUCCUCCAGCCCGUCUGUGGUCAUGUCAACAAUAGCGCAGGGUAGGUUUGAGUGUCCUGCAAUAGAUGUUAGAUGUGUUCCUUCCUGCAGUGUUUUCAAAGAGUUUGUUUACUCAGGAUUUAUUACCAGCCUUCGCCCAAUUUAGAGACUAAGGUUGUCUUAUUCUAGCUACCAAGACCUUUCAUAUAUACUUUUGUCUUGUACACAAAAUUGAAUUGAAACUGGAAUUGUGAAUUGUGUGUUUCUGAUUGGGCCUUGAAACUGACCACUAUUGCUUGUCCUCCUCUCCCUGUGCUAGGUGGCUCGUCGACGGGCAUGAAAGUGGCCUCCUCCAGGCUCCCCUCUCCUAAGACCAUGGUGGGCUCUCCAACCCAGAUUCUGGCCCAGUUCCCCAAGCAGCACCAGCAGUCCCCCAAGCAGCUGCAGCAGGGCUCCCCCAUGGGGGCCGGCACCAUGGGCCAGACCCAGACCUCCACCACUCCUCCCGGCUGCAAACCCACCAUCCAGAUUAAGCAGGAGUCAGGUGAGCACACGGCGCGAUACACAAACCUACUGGUGUUAGUACUCUACCCUGAGGUCCACCAUUGUCUUUUUAAUGAGUGUGCAUUUGUGCAAGUGUACAGAGAAUCUUAAUCAUGUAUUUAAUUAAUUAUUUGUCUAAUUGUACCUGUAGGUGUGAAAAUCAUCACCCAGCAGAUGCAGCCCAGUAAGAUCCUGCCCAAGCCCUCCUCUGUAGGCAUGCCCAGCAGCAGCUCCUCCCCCAUCAUGGUUGUCAGUAGCAACGGGGCCAUCAUGACCACCAAAUUGGUGUCCCAGCCCACAGGUGUGCCUUCUCACAUACUGCUUUUCGACUGUAACACCAGUGUUACAGUUGUGUAUACACCCUGAUGUUGUACUAGGUAAACUGUGUUUCCAAAGCUAGGGCUGACCUCUGCAUAAUCAAAACAGUUGCUUUGUGGGAAGGCAUCGAUGGUGUAAACCCAUGUUCACAGUUAGCCAUUGUUACGUAACUGCUGCCAGAAAAGCCCCAGCGGCUUUGUCUUGGCCCCAAGUUAGAGCAGGUCCACUGAGGCCAUGGCCCAGUGAGUCCCAGGAGCCAGGCUGUGGAGGUGGAAACACAAAAGUCUGAGGCUUUUUGGUAAAACACCAGGGUAAAUACUCGGUGUAAAUGCACCAACAGUAAACUCACAAAACAGACAGAACUGUCAUCCGAACAUGUAAAUAAAACACAAGGACAGUAGAUGUCAGCACUGGUUUGGACAAUAGUUUAAUCAAAAAUAGAUUGCUUGAUUUUCAAUUUGAUGAAUUCAUUGUUUAGGAGUACUCCUGUGUUUUUAUCCUUUAUUCUAUCUUACUUACUUUAUUGUGUAUUUCUUAUUCCUCGUGCUUUUUUUCUAGUAAUAUAUUGUUAUUAUUUUUGUGCAUUGUUGGGUUGAGUUUGCAAGAAAGGCAUUUCACUGUACUUGUGCAUGUGACAUUAACUUGAAACUAGAUAUUGAUAUGAAGAAGUACAAUUGUGCUAAGCAAGGCCCCGUCAAUUGUUUUCCUUUUAAAUUGAGAAAAAUAUUGAUUUUGUGCAGGCACUCAGGCCACAUACUCGAGGCCCACUGUGAGCCCCACCAUUGGCGCCAGGAUGGCGACGUCAACCAGUGGUGCCACCUAUGUCAAGACCACCAGCGGCAGCAUCAUCACGGUGGUCCCCAAGUCGCUAGCCACACUGGGCGGCAAGAUCAUCAGCAGCAACAUUGUGUCUGGUGAGUUUGAUAGUUCUAUAGUGUUUCAAAGGGUGGGGGGGUGGGGGAUAUUUACUAGUAACGUUUACAUUUACCAGUUAACUACUGGAAUUUCAGAUACUUUCAAGGAUUUUAAGUAAUUUACAUAACAUGUAAUGUUAUAUAAAUAAUAAUAAUAAAAUCAUGUUAAAAAUAAAAAUAGAAUCCCAAAGCUGUCAAACAUUGUCCUAAGUAUAACCUAUCAACUUUGUGAAUACCGUUGCUGUUUAAUAUGAAGGUUUCUGUAUGUAAUACAUUUUAUUUUAUUUUAGUAUGUCUUUGUUGUAAAUGUUUUGGGGCCGAACUGGUGGAAGUUGUGAAAUAAGUCAAUAGUUGGAAGCGUUACAGAGUAAAUUGCAGAUGACGUCAUUCUUCAUUCAAUGUUUAAAAAAUAAAUAAUUAUGCUAUUUUUUUCCUAAACCAUAUGAUCUAUCUACUAGAAACUCAUAGACGACGCGGAUAUGAAGAGGCGACUCCGGGAUGCUGACCUUCUAGGCAGAGUUGCAAAGAAAAAGCCAUAUCUCAGACUGGCCAAUAAAAAGAAAAGAUUAAGAUGGGCAGUCUGAGAUAUGUAUUUUUCUUUGCAACUCUGCCUAGAAGGUCAGCAUCCUGGAGUCACCUCUUCACUGUUGACAUUGAGACUGAUGUUUUGCAGGUACUAUUUAAUGAAGCUGCCAGUUGAGGAACUGUGAGGCGCCUGUUUCUCAAACUAGACACUAUUUGUCCUCUUACUCAGAUGUGCACCGGGGCCUCCCACUCCUCUUUCUAUUCUGGUUAGAGCCAGUUUGCACUGUUCUGUGAAGGGAGUAGUACACAGCGUUGUAGGAGAUCUUCAGUUUCUUGGCAAUUUCUCACAUGGAAUAGCCUUCAUUUCUCAGAACCAAGACUAGACUGACGAGUUUCAGAAGAAAGUUCUUUGUUUCUGGCCAUUUUGAGCCUGUAAUCGAACCCACAAUUGCUGAUGCUCCAGAUACUCAACUAGUCUCAAGAAUGCCAGUUUAAAUGAUAAACUUGGCACAACGUUCCAUUGGAACACAGGACUGAUGGUUGCUGAUAAUGGGCCUCUGUACGGCUAUGUACAGUGGGGAAAAAAAGUAUUUAGUCAGCCACCAAUUGUGCAAGUUCUCCCACUUAAAAAGAUGAGAGAGGCCUGUAAUUUUCAUCAUAGGUACACGUCAACUAUGACAGACAAAUUGAGAAUUUUUUUUCCAGAAAAUCACAUUGUAGGAUUUUUAAUGAAUUUAUCUGCAAAUUAUGGUGGAAAAUAAGUAUUUGGUCACCUACAAACAAGCAAGAUUUCUGGCUCUCACAGACCUGUAACUUCUUCUUUAAGAGGCUCAUCUGUCCUCCACUCGUUACCUGUAUUAAUGGCACCUGUUUGAACUUGUUAUCAGUAUAAAAGACACCUGUCCACAACCUCAAACAGUCACACUCCAAACUCCACUAUGGCCAAGACCAAAGAGCUGUCAAAGGACACCAGAAACAAAAUUGUAGACCUGCACCAGGCUGGGAAGACUGAAUCUGCAAUAGGUAAGCAGCUUGGUUUUAAGAAAUCAACUGUGGGAGCAAUUAUUAGGAAAUGGAAGACAUACAAGACCACUGAUAAUCUCCCUCGAUCUGGGGCUCCACGCAACAUCUUACCCCGUGGGGUCAAAAUGAUCACAAGAACAAUGAGCAAAAAUCCCAGAACCACACGUGGGGACCUAGUGAAUGACCUACAGAGAGCUGGGACCAAAGUAACAAAGCCUACCAUCAGUAACACACUACGCCGCCAGGGACUCAAAUCCUGCAGUGCCAGACGUGUCCCCCUGCUUAAGCCAGUACAUGUCCAGGCCCGUCUGAAGUUUGCUAUAGUGCAUUUGGAUGAUCCAGAAGAGGAUUGGGAGAAUGUCAUAUGGUCAGAUGAAACCAAAAUAGAACUUUUUGGUCAAAACUCAAAGAAUGCUGAGUUGCAUCCAAAGAACACCAUACCUACUGUGAAGCAUGGGGGUGGAAACAUCAUGCUUUGGGGCUGUUUUUCUGCAAAGGGACCAGGACGACUGAUCCAUGUAAAGGAAAGAAUGAAUGGGGCCAUGUAUCGUGAGAUUUUGAGUGAAAACCUCCUUCCAUCAGCAAGGUCAUUGAAGAUGAAAGGUGGCUGGGUCUUUCAGCAUGACAAUGAUCCCAAACACACCGCCCGGGCAACGAAGGAGUGGCUUCGUAAGAAGCAUUUCAAGGUCCUGGAGUGGCCUAGCCAGUCUCCAGAUCUCAACCCCAUAGAAAAUCUUUGGAGGGAGUUGAAAGUCCGUGUUGCCCAGCGACAGCCCCAAAACAUCACUGCUCUAGAGGAGAUCUGCAUGGAGGAAUGGGCCAAAAAAUCAGCAACAGUGUGUGAAAACCUUGUGAAGACUUACAGAAAACGUUUGACCUGUGUCAUUGCCAACAAAGGGUAUAUAACAAAGUAUUGAGAAACUUUUGUUAUUGACCAAAUACUUAUUUUCCACCAUCAUUUGCAAAUAAAUUCAUUAAAAAUCCUACAAUGUGAUUUUCUGGAUUUUUUUUCCUAAUUUUGUCUGUCAUAGUUGACGUGUACCUAUGAUGAAAAUUACAGGCCUCUCUCAUCUUUUUAAGUGGGAGAACUUGCACAAUUGGUGGCUGACUAAAUACUUUUUUUCCCCACUGUAGAUAUUCCAUUAAAAAUCAGCCGUUUCCAGCUACAAUAGCCAUUUACAACAUUAAUGUCUACACUGUAUUUCUGAUCAAUUUGAUGUUAUUUUAAUGGACAAAAAAAUGCUUUUCUUUCAAAAACAAGGACAUUUCUAAGUGACCCCAAACUUUUGAACGGUAGUGUGUGUGUAUGUGUGUAUAUAUAUAUAAUUAUUUUUUUCCACAACUCAAAAAAAUACUAUAUAUAUAUAUAUAUAUAUAUAUAUAUAUAUAUAUAUAUAUAUAUAUAUAUAUAUAUAUACACAGUGAAGGAAAAAAGUAUUUGAUCCCCUGCUGAUUUUGUACAUUUUCCCACUGACAAAGAAAUGAUCAGUCUAUAAUUUUAAUGGUAGGUUUAUUUGAACAGUGAGAGACAGAAUAACAACAAAAAAAUCCAGAAAAACGCAUUUCAAAAAUGUUAUAAAUUGAUUUGCAUUUUAAUGAGGGAAAUAAGUAUUUGACCCCCUCUCAAUCAGAAAGAUUUCUGGCACCCAAGUGUCUUUUAUACAGGUAACGAGCUGAAAUUAGGAGCACACUCUUAAAGGGAGUGCUCCUAAUCUCAGUUUGUUACCUGUAUAAAAGACACCUGUCCACAGAAGCAAUCAAUCAAUCAGAUUCCAAACUUUCCACCAUGGCCAAGACCAAAGACCUCUCCAAGGAUGUCAGGGACAAGAUUGUAGACCUACACAAGGCUGGAAUGGGCUACAAGACCAUCGCUAAGCAGCUUGGUGAGAAGGUGACAACAGUUGGUGCGACUAUUCGCAAAUGGAAGAAACACAAAAGCACUGUCAAUCUCCCUCGGCCUGGGGCUCCAUGCAAGAUCUCACCUCGUGGAGUUGCAAUGAUCAUGAGAACGGUGAGGAAUCAGCCCAGAACUACACGGGAGGAUCUUGUCAAUGAUCUCAAGGCAGCUGGGACCAUAGUCACCAAGAAAACAAUUGGUAACACACUACGCCGUGAAGGACUGAAAUCCUGCAGCGCCCGCAAGGUCCCCCUGCUCAAGAAAGUUUUCCAAUGAACAUCUGAAUGAUUCAGAGGAGAACUGGGUGAAAGCGUUGUGGUCAGAUGAGACCAAAAUCGAGCUCUUUGGCAUCAACUCAACUCGCUGUGUUUGGAGGAGGAGGAAUGCUGCCUAUGACCCCAAGAACACCAUUCCCACCGUCAAACAUGGAGGUGGAAACAUUAUGCUUUGGGGGUGUUUUUCUGCUAAGGGGUCAGGACAACUUCACCGCAUCAAAGGGACGAUGGACGGGGCCAUGUACCGUCAAAUCUUGGGUGAGAACCUCCUUCCCUCAGCCAGGGCAUUGAAAAUGGGUCGUGGAUGGGUAUUCCAGCAUGACAAUGACCCAAAACACACGGCCAAGGCAACAAAGGAGUGGCUCAAGAAGAAGCACAUUAAGGUCCUGGAGUGGCCUAGCCAGUCUCCAGACCUUAAUCCCAUAGAAAAUCUGUGGAGUGAGUUGAAGGUUCGAGUUGCCAAACGUCAGCCUUGAAACCUUAAUGACUUGGAGAAGAUCUGCAAAGAGGAGUGGGACAAAAUCCCUCCUGAGAUGUGUGCAAACCUGAUGGCCAACUACAAAAAACGUCUGACCUCUGUGAUUGCAAACAAGGGUUUUGCCACCAAUUACUAAGUAAUGUUUUGCAGAGGGGUCAAAUACUUAUUUCCCUCAUUCAAAUGCAAAUCAAUUUAUAACAUUUUUGACAUGCGUUUUUCUGGAUAUUUUUUUUGUUAUUCUGUCUCUCACUGUUCAAAUAAACCUACCAUUAAAAUUAUAGACUGAUCAUGUCUUUAUCAGUGGGCAAACGUACAAAAUCAGAAGGGGAUCAAAUAAUUUUUUCCCUCACUGUGUAUAUAUAUAGUGGGGAGAACAAGUAUUUGAUACACUGCCGAUUUUGCAGGUUUUUCUACUUACAAAGCAUGUAGAGGUCUGUCAUUUUUAUCAUAGGUACACUUCAACUGCGAGAGACGGAAUCUAAAACAAAAAUCCAGAAAAUCACAUUGUAUGAUUUUUAAGUAAUUAAUUUGCAUUUUAUUGCAUGACAUAAGUAUUUGAUACAUCAGAAAAGCAGAACUUAAUAUUUGGUACAGAAACCUUUGUUUGCAAUUACAGAGAUCAUACGUUUCCUGUAGGUCUUGACCAGGUUUGCACACACUGCAGCAGGGAUUUUGGCCCACUCUUCCAUACAGACCUUCUCCAGAUCCUUCAGGUUUCGGGGCUGUCGCUGGGCAAUACGGACUUUCAGCUCCCUCCAAAAAAAUUCUAUUGGGUUCAGGUCUGGAGACUGGCUAGGCCACUCCAGGACCUUGAGAUGCUUCUUACGGAGCCACUCCUUAGUUGCCCUGGCUGUGUGUUUCGGGUCGUUGUCAUGCUGGAAGACCCAGCCACGACCCAUCUUCAAUGCUCUUACUGAGGGAAGGAGGUUGUUGGCCAAGAUCUCGCGAUACAUGGCCCCAUCCAUCCUCCCCUCAAUACGGUGCAGUCGUCCUGUCCCCUUUGCAGAAAAGCAUCCCCAAAGAAUGAUGUUUCUACCUCCAUGCUUCACGGUUGGGAUGGUGUUCUUGGGGUUGUACUCAUCCUUCUUCUUCCUCCAAACACGGCGAGUGGAGUUUAGACCAAAAAGCUCUAUUUUUGUCUCAUCAGACCACAUGACCUUCUCCCAUUCCUCCUCUGGAUCAUCCAGAUGGUCAUUGGCAAACUUCAGACGGGCCUGGACAUGCACUGGCUUGAGCAGGGGGACCUUGCGUGCGCUGCAGGAUUUUAAACCAUGACGGCGUAGUGUGUUACUAAUGGUUUUCUUUGAGACUGUGGUCCCAGCUCUCUUCAGGUCAUAGACCAGGUCCUGCCGUGUAGUUCUGGGCUGAUCCCUCACCUUCCUCAUGAUCAUUGAUGCCCCACGAGGUGAGAUCGUGCAUGGAGCCCCAGACCGAGGGUGAUUGACCGUCAUCUUGAACUUCUUCCAUUUUCUAAUAAUUGCACCAACAGUUGUUGCCUUCUCACCAAGCUGCUUGCCUAUUGUCCUGUAGCCCAUCCCAGCCUUGUGCAGGUCUACAAUUUUAUCCCUGAUAUCCUUACACAGCUCUCUGUUCUUGGCCAUUGUGGAAAGGUUGGAGUCUGUUUGAUUGAGUGUGUGGACAGGUGUCUUUUAUACAGGUAACGAGUUCAAACAGGUGCAGUUAAUACAGGUAAUGAGUGGAGAACAGGAGGGCUAUUUAAAGAAAAACUAACAGGUCUGUGAGAGCUGGAAUUCUUACUGGUUGGUAGGUGAUCAAAUACUUAUGUCAUGCAAUAAAAUGCAAAUGAAUUACUUAAAAAUCAUACAAUGUGAUUUUCUGGAUUUUUGUUUUAGAUUCCGUCUCUCACAGUUGAAGUGUACCUAUGAUAAAAAUUACAGACCUCUACAUGCUUUGUAAGUAGGAAAACCUGCAAAAUCGGCAGUGUAUCAAAUACUUGUUCUCCCCACUGUGUGUGUAUGUAUAUAUAUAUAUAUAUAUAUAUAUAUAUAUAUAUAUAUAUAUAUGUAUAUAUAUAUAUAUAUAUAUAUAUGUGUGUGUGUGUGUGUGUGUGUGUAUAUAUAUAUAUAUAUAUACAUAUAUGUAUAUGUAUGUGUGUGUAAACACACACUGCAUUGCCAAAAGUCAUGUGGACAUCUCAUUCCAAAAUCAUGGGCAUGAAUAUGGAGUUGGUCCCCCCUUUGCUGCUAUAACAGCCUCCACUCUUCGGGGAAGGCUUUCCACUAGAUGUUGGAACAUUGCUGCAGGGACUUGCUUCCAGUCAGCCACGAGCAUUAGUGAUGUCAGGCAAUUAGGCCUGGUUCGCAGUCGGCGUUCCAAUUCAUUACACUUUUCAUUUUAGUAAUUUAGCAGACGCUCUUAUCCAGAGCGACUUACAGUUAGUGAGUGCAUACGUUAUUCUAUUUUUUCAUACCAAAGGUCAGGGCUCUGUGCAGGCCAAUCAAGUUCUUCCACACCAAUCUCAACAAACAAUUUCUGUAUGGACCUCGCUUUGUGCACGGGUGCAUUGUCAUGCUGAAACAGGAAACGGCCUUCCCCAAACUGUUGCCACAAAGUUGGAAGCACAGAAUGGUCUAGAAUGUCAUUGAGUUCAGAUUUCCCUUCAAUGGAACUAAGGGGCAUAGCACGAAUCAGCCCCAGACCAUUAUUCAUCCUCCACCAAAGUUUACAGUUGGCACAUUGCAUUCGGGCAGGUAGUGUUCUCCUGGCAUAUGCCAAACCCAGAUUAGUCCGUCAUACUGCCAGAUGGUGAAGCGUGAUUUAUCACUCCAGAGAACGCCUUUCCACUGCUCCAGAGUCCAAUGGCAGCAAGCUUUACACCACUCCGGCCGACGCUUGGCAUUGCGCAUGGUGAUCUUAGGCUUGUGUGCGGCUGCUCUGCCAUGGAAACCCAUUUCAUGAAGCUCCCAACAACAGUUCUUGUGCUGACCGUUGUUCAAGAGGCAGUUUGGAACUCGGUAGUGAGUGUUGCAACCGAGGACAGAUUACUUUUACGCGCUUUAGCACUCCGUGGUCCCGUUCUGUGAGCUUGUGUGGCCUUCCCUCUUCGCGGCUGAGCCGUUGUUGCUCCUAGACGUUUCCACUUCACAAUAACAGCACUUACUGUUCGCCGGGGCAGCAAUUUGACGAACUGACUUGUUGGAAAGGUGGCAUCCUAUGACAGUGCCACGUUGAAAGUCACUUAGCUCUUCAGUACGGGCCAUUCUACUGCCAAUGUUUAGAUGUUCUUUGCCCCUCCAUUGCAGGUACAACAACUAAGAUAACCACCAUUCCUAUGACGUCCAAGCCCAAUGUUAUCGUGGUGCAGAAGACCACUGGCAAAGCAACGACCAUCCAGGGCCUGCCUGGCAAGAAUGUGGUCACCACGCUGUUGAACGCAGGGGUCAGUUCAACAUGAUUGUUAUUAUAAAUGAAACCAUUUUAAUUAAGCCAUUUUGUGAUGUUAGAUUUUAUUUAUCUAGAUUAUAAGUUAUUAUAUUUCAGAAGUGGCCAAAUGUAUUGACCCCAAAACAAGUUUAUUGGUAGUUCUAGUUUAGCCUUUCCCUCUGAGCAGUCUAUUGCUUUCAGGUCCCUAUUAUGCAUCCCACUGAAUUUACAUGUUAAUGUUUUCAGUUGUCAUAUAGCAGACACUCUUAUUCAUAGCCACUUACAGUUAGUACAUUCAUCUUAAGCUCUGGUCAAAAGUAGUGCACUAUAUAGGGAAUAGGGUGCCAUUGGGUACACAUCUUAAAUAUGAAUGCCUCUGUGCCACAGGGCGAGAAGACCCUGCAGGGUGUGCCGGGGUGCAAGCCAGCCAUCAUCACAGCCUCCAGACCCAUCACCAAGAUGAUCGUGACCCAGCCAAAAGGCAUGGGCUCCGUGGUGCAGCCCACCACCACCACCAAGAUCAUUCCCACCAAGAUAGUGUACGGCCAGCAGGGCAAGACCCAGGUCAGUAACAGUCCAGCGCUGUCUCAGUCAGUGUAGGGUGAAGUUGCCCCUAGACGCUGGGUCUUGGGUCAGUUUUGCCUUUAACCCACUAAUGGUUCAAAUCAAAUCAAAUCAAAUUUUAUUGGUCACAUGCGCCGAAUACAACAGGUGCAGACAUUACAGUGAAAUGCUUACUUACAGCCCUUAACCAACAGUGCAUUUAUUUUAAACAAAAAAGUAAGAAUAAAACAACAACAAAAAAGUGUUGAGAAAAAAAGAGCAGAAGUAAAAAAUAAAGUGACAGUAGGGAGGCUAUAUAUACAAUAGAAUAAAGUGACAGUAGGGAGGCUAUAUAUACAGGGGGGUACCGUUGCAUAGUCAAUGUGCGGGGGCACCGGCUAGUUGAGGUAGUUGAGGUAAUAUGUACAUGUGGGUAGAGUUAAAGUGACUAUGCAUAAAUACUUAACAGAGUAGCAGCAGCGUAAAAAGGAUGGGGUGGGGGGGCAGUGCAAAUAGUCCGGGUAGCCAUGAUUAGCUGUUCAGGAGUCUUAUGGCUUGGGGGUAGAAGCUGUUGAGAAGUCUUUUGGACCUAGACUUGGCACUCCGGUACCGCUUGCCGUGCGGUAGCAGAGAGAACAGUCUAUGACUAGGGUGACUGGAGUCUUUGACAAUUUUGAGGGCCUUCCUCUGACACCGCCUGGUAUAGAGGUCCUGGAUGGCAGGGAGCUUUGCCCCAGUGAUGUACUGGGCCGUACGCACUACCCUCUGUAGUGCCUUGCGGUCAGAGGCCAGGCAGUUGCCAUACCAGGCGGUGAUGCAACCAGUCAGGAUGCUCUCGAUGGUGCAGCUGUAGAAUUUUUUGAGGAUCUGAGGACCCAUGCCAAAUCUUUUUAGUCUCCUGAGGGGGAAUAGGCUUUGUCGUGCCCUCUUCACGACUGUCUUGGUGUGUUUGGACCAUGAUAGUUCGUUGGUGAUGUGGACACCAAGGAACUUGAAGCUCUCAACCUGUUCCACUACAGCCCCGUCGAUGAGAAUGGGGGCGUGCUCAGUCCUCUUUUAAGGUUAGUCCUCCUGGUUAAGGUUAGGGUUGGGGAAGCUGAUCCUAGAGCUGUCUGUACCCUGGGGAAACUUCACCCCGGAGUGUCUCAGCCACUCAACGAGUCGUGUGAACGAGAUCAUUUCGUACUCAAAGCUCUUUGUCUUGGAUACAGUGCAUUCGGAAAGUAUUCAGACUUUUCCCACAUUCUUUGUUACAUUACAGCCUUAUUCUAAAAUGGAUAAAAUUGUUUUUUUCCUCUAAUCAAUCUACACACACUACCCCAUAAUGAAAAAGCAAAAACAGGUUUUUUAGAAAUUUUUGCAAAUGUAAUUUACCACUGGUGGGCUCCAAUCAAGUUGUAGAAACAUCUCAAGGAUGAUCAAUGGAAACAGGAUGCACCUUGAGCUCAACUUCGAGUCUCAUAGCAAAGGAUCUUAAUACCUAUGUAAAUAAGGUAUUUCUGUUUUUUUUAUUUGUAAUAAAUUUGCUAAAAUUUCUAAAAAUCAGUUUCCACUCUGGAGUGGCGCAGCGGUCUAAGGCACUGCAUCGCAAUGUUGAGGUGUCACUACAGGCUGGGGUUCGAUUCCAGGCUGUGUCACAGCCUUGACCGGGAGUCCCAUAGGGCGGUGCACAAUUGGCCCAGCAUCGUCCGGGUUAGCGGAGAUUUUGGCCAGGGCGCUUUCUUUGGCUCAUCGCGCUCUAGCGACUCCUUGUGGCAUGCCGGGCGCCUGCAAGCUGACUAGUUGUCAGUUGAACGGUGUUUCCUCCGAUACAUUGGUGCAGCUGGCUUCCGGGUGAAGCAAGCCGGUGUCAAGAAGCAGCGCAGCUUGGCGGGUCAUGUUUCAGAGGACGCAUGACUCGACAUUCGCCUCUCCCUCUCCCAUUUCUACAUUGUAGAAAAAUAGUGAAGACAUCAAAACUAUGAAAUAACACAUGGAAUCAUGUAGUAACCAAAAAAGUGUUAAACAAAUCAAAAUAUAUUUUAGAUUCUUCAAAGUAAGCUAUAAAUACAAAGAGAGUUGCACACUCCAUAUGUGUAACCUCCCAGUAAUUUAUUGGGUAAAAACCACCAACAUUUCGGCAUCACUGUGCCUUCUUCAGGGUAAUGUCAUGAAUGCUUGAACCAGAUUAUGUAGACGAACAGUGCAAUUAGUGCAACCAAUGACAAGAGUGAGGGGUGUGUCGUAUUUGAUAGGUUGAUUUAGAAUGAAUUGAGCGAAACUGUUAAAAGACAAUCGCCCACAGCAUAUUGAAUAUAUUAUGCCAUUGUUAGCAUUAGCAUAAUAUUAGAAUCAACAUACAUUGUUUAAUUUAAUUUCACCUAUUUAAAUAUUUCCAAUUUCAUUAAAUAUUUUUGUUACAUAUAAUCUUUUGGUUCAACCAUAAUGCAUUAUAAGCAUCAUAAACAGGGGGAACAUAUUGGGUGUACGCUGAUAAGACCUGUUCACAGAAGAAGGCACAGUGAUGCCGAACCAUUGGUGUUUUUCUUUACCCAAUAAAUUACUGGGAGGUUAUACAUAUGGAGUGUGCAACUCUCUUUGUUUUUAUAGCUUACAGUUUAUUCUCCGUUAGUCAGCAGCUCUACACUAAAUAAUUGUAUUUGAUUCUUCAAAGUAGCCACCCUUUGCCUUGAUGACAGCUUUGCACACUCUUGACAUUCUCUCAACCAGCUUCAUAAGGAAUGCUUUUCCAACAGUCUUGAAGGAGUUCCCACAUAUGCUGAGCACUUGUUGGCUGCUUUUCCUUCACUCUGCGGUUCAACUCAUCCCAAACCAUCUCAAUUGGGUUGAGGUCGGGUGACUGUGGAGGCCAGGUCAUCUGAUGCAGCACUCCAUCACUCUCCUUCUUGGUAAAAUAGCCCUUACACAGCCUGGAGGUGUGUUUUGGGUCCUUGUCCUGUUGAAAAAUCAAAUGAUAGUCCCACUAAGUGCAAACCAGAUGGGAUGGCGUAUCACUGCAGAAUGCUGUGGUAGCCAUGCUGGUUAACUGUGUCUUGAAUUCUAAAUAAAUCACAGACAGUGUCACCAGCAAAGCACCCCCACACCAUUACACCACCUCCUCCAUGCUUCACGGUGCGAACCAUACAUGCGGAGAUCAUCCGUUCACCUACUCUGCGUCUCACACUGACACGGCGGUUGGAACGAAAAAUCUCAAAUUUGGACUCAUCAGACCAAAGGACAGAUUUCCACCGGUCUAAUGUCCAUUGCUAAUUUUUCUUGGCCCAAGCAAGUCUCUUCUUCUUAUUGGUGUCCUUUAGUAGUGGUUUCUUUGCAGCAAUUUGACCAUGAAGGCCUGAUUCACACAGUCCCCUCUGAACAGUUGAUGUUGAGAUGUCUGUUAAUUGAACUCUGUGAAACAUUCAUUUUGGCUUCAAUCUGAGGUGCAGUUAACUCUAAUGAACUUAUCCUCUGCAGCAGAGGUAACUCUGGGUCUUCCUUUCCUGUGGCGGUCCUCAUGGGAGCCAGUUUCAUCAUAGCGCUUGAUGGUUUUUGCGACUGCACUUGAAGAAACUUUCAAAGUUCUUGAAAUUUUCCAGAUUGACUGACCUUCAUGUCUUAAGGUAAUGAUGGACUGUCAUUUCUCUUUGCUUAUUUGAGCUGUUCUUGCCAUAAUAUGGACUUGGUAUUUUACCAAAUAGGGCUAUCCUCUGUAUAUCUCCCCCCCCCCCCCCCCCCCCCCCCCCCCCCCCCUUACCUUGUCACAACACAACUGGUUGGCUUAAACACAUUAAGAAGGAAAGAAAUUCCACAAAUUCACUUUUAAGAAGGCACACCUGUUAAUUGAAAUGCAUUCCAGGUGACUACCUCAUGAAGCUGGUUGAGAGAAUGCCAAGAGUGUGCAAAGCUGUCAUCAAGGCAAAGGGUGGCUACUUUGAAGAAUCUCAAAUAUAAAAUAUAUUUUGAUUUGUUUAACACUUUUUCGGUAACUACAUGAUUCCAUAUUUGUUAUUUCAUCGUUUUAAUGUCUUCACUAUUAUUCUACAAUGUAGAAAAUAGUACAAAUAAAGAAAAACCCUUGAAUAAUGAGUAGGUGUGUUCAAACCUUUGACUGGUAUUGUGUGUGUAUGUAUAUGUGUGUGUGUGUGUGUAUAUGUGUAUAUAUAUAUAUAUAUAUAUAUAUAUAUAUAUAUAUAUAUAUAUAUAUAUAUACACAUAUACACACACACACACAUAUACAUACACAUAUAUAUAUAUACUGCUCAAAAAAAUAAAGGGAACACUAAAAUAACACAUCCUAGAUCUGAAUGAAUGAAAUGAUCUUAUUAAAAACUUUUUUCUUUACAUAGUUGAAUGUGCUGACAACAAAAUCACACACAAAUUAUCAAUGGAAAUCAAAUUUAUCAACCCAUGGAUGUCUGGAUUUGGAGUCACCCUCAAAAUUAAAGUGGAAAACCACACUACAGGCUGAUCCAACUUUGAUGUAAUGUCCUUAAAACAAGUCAAAAUGAGGCUCAGUAGUGUGUGUGGCCUCCACGUGCCUGUAUGACCUCCCUACAACGCCUGGGCAUGCUCCUGAUGAGGUGGCGGAUGGUCUCCUGAGGGAUCUCCUCCCAGACCUGGACUAAAGCAUCCGCCAACUCCUGGACAGUCUGUGGUGCAACGUGGCGUUGGUGGAUGGAGCGAGACAUGAUGUCCCAGAUGUGCUCAAUUGGAUUCAGGUCUGGGGAACGGGCGGGCCAGUCCAUAGCAUCAAUGCCUUCCUCUUGCAGGAACUGCUGACACACUCCAGCCACAUGAGGUCUAGCAUUGUCUUGCAUUAGGAGGAACCCAGGGCCAACCGCACCAGCAUAUGGUCUCACAAGGGGUCUGAGGAUCCCAACUCGGUACCUAAUGGCAGUCAGGCUACCUCUGGCGAGCACAUGGAGGGCUGUGCGGCCCCCCAAAGAAAUGCCAUCCCACACCAUGACUGACCCACCGCCAAACCGGUCAUGCUGGAGGAUGUUGCAGGCAGCAGAACGUUCACCACGGUGUCUCCAGACUCUGUCACGUCUGUCACGUGCUCAGUGUGAACCUGCUUUCAUCUGUGAAGAGCACAGGGCGCCAGUGGCGAAUUUGCCAAUCUUGGUGUUCUCUGGCAAAUGCCAAACGUCCUGCACGGUGUUGGGCUGUAAGCACAACCCCCACCUGUGGACGUUGGACCCUCAUACCACCCUCAUGGAUUAUGUUUCUGACCGUUUGAGCAGACACAUGCACAUUUGUGGCCUGCUGGAGGUCAUUUUGCAGGGCUCUGGCAGUGCUCCUCCUGCUCCUCCUUGCACAAAGGCGGAGGUAGCAGUCCUGCUGCUGGGUUGUUGCCCUCCUACGGCCUCCUCCACGUCUCCUGAUGUACUGGCCUGUCUCCUGGUAGCGCCUCCAUGCUCUGGACACUACGCUGACAGACACAGCAAACCUUCUUGCCACAGCUCGCAUUGAUGUGCCAUCCUGGAUGAGCUGCACUACCUGAGCCACUUGUGUGGGUUGUAGACUCCGUCUCAUGCUACCACUAGAGUGAAAGCACCGCCAGCAUUCAAAAGUGACCAAAACAUCAGCCAGGAAGCAUAGGAACUGAGAAGUGGUCUGUGGUCACCACCUGCAAAACCAGUCCUUUAUUGGGGUGUCUUGCUAAUUGCCUAUAAUUUCCACCUGUUGUCUAUUCCAUUUGCACAACAGCAUGUGAAAUGUAUUGUUAAUCAGUGUUGCUUCCUAAGUGGACAGUUUGAUUUCACAGAAGUGUGAUUGACUUGGAGUUACAUUGUGUUGUUUAAGUGUUCCCUUUAUUUUUUUUGAGCUAUAUAUAUACAGUGGGGAGAACAAGUAUUUGAUACACUGCCGAUUUUGCAGGUUUUCCUACUUACAAAGCAUGUAGAGGUCUGUAAUUUUUAUCAUAGGUACACUUCAACUGUGAGAGACGGAAUCUAAAACAAAAAUCCAGAAAAUCACAUUGUAUGAUUUUUAAGUAAUUAAUUUGCAUUUUAUUGCAUGACAUAAGUAUUUGAUACAUCAGAAAAGCAGAACUUAACAUUUGGUACAGAAACCUUUGUUUGCAAUUACAGAGAUCAUACGUUUCCUGUAGAUCUUGACCAGGUUUGCACACACUGCAGCAGGGAUUUUGGCCCACUCCUCCAUACAGACCUUCUCCAGAUCCUUCAGGUUUCGGGGCUGUCGCUGGGCAAUAUGGACUUUCAGCUCCCUCCAAAUAUUGUCUAUUGGGUUCAGGUCUGGAGACUGGCUAGGCCACUCCAGGACCUUGAGAUGCUUCUUACGGAGCCACUCCUUAGUUGCCCUGGCUGUGUGUUUCGGGUCGUUGUCAUGCUGGAAGACCCAGCCACGACCCAUCUUCAAUGCUCUUACUGAGGGAAGGAGGUUGUUGGCCAAGAUCUCGCGAUACCUGGCCCCAUCCAUCCUCCCCUCAAUACGGUGCAGUCGUCCUGUCCCCUUUGCAGAAAAGCAUUCCCAAAGAAUGAUGUUUCCACCUCCAUGCUUCACGGUUGGGAUGGUGUUCUUGGGGUUGUACUCAUCCUUCUUCUUCCUCCAAACACGGCGAGUGGAGUUUAGACCAAAAAGCUCUAUUUUUGUCUCAUCAGACCACAUGACCUUCUCCCAUUCCUCCUCUGGAUCAUCCAGAUGGUCAUUGGCAAACUUCAGACGGGCCUGGACAUGCGCUGGCUUGAGGAGGGGAACCUUGCGUGCGCUGCAGGAUUAUAAUCCAUGACGGCGUAGUGUGUUACUAAUGGUUUUCUUUGAGACUGUGGUCCCAGCUCUCUUCAGGUCAUUGACCAGGUCCUGCCGUGUAGUUCUAGGCUGAUCCCUCACCUUCCUCAUGAUCAUUGAUGCCCCACAAGGUGAGAUCUUGCAUGGAGCCCCAGACCGAGGGUGAUUGACCGUCAUCUUGAACUUCUUCCAUUUUCUAAUAAUUGCGCCAACAGUUGUUGCCUUCUCACCAAGCUGCUUGCCUAUUGUCCUGUAGCCCAUCCCAGCCUUGUGCAGGUCUACAAUUUUAUCCCUGAUGUCCUUACACAGCUCUCUGGUCUUGGCCAUUGUGGAGAGGUUGGAGUCUGUUUGAGUGUGUGGACAGGUGUCUUUUUAUACAGGUAACGAGUUCAAACAGGUGCAGUUAAUACAGGUAAUGAGUGGAGAACAGGAGGGCUUCUUAAAGAAAAACUAACAGGUCUGUGAGAGCUGGAAUUCUUACUGGUUGGUAGGUGAUCAAAUACUUAUGUCAUGCAAUAAAAUGCAAAUUAAUUACUUAAAAAUCAUACAAUGUGAUUUUCUGGAUUUUUGUUUUAGAUUCCGUCUCUCACAGACCUCUACAUGCUUUGUAAGUAGGAAAACCUGCAAAAUCGGCAGUGUAUCAAAUACUUGUUCUCCCCACUGUAUGUAUGUAUGUAUGUAUAUAUAUAUAUAUAUAUAUACACACACACACACACACACACACACACACACACACACAGUGGAGAGAACAAGUAUUUGAUACACUGCCGAUUGAUACACUGGGUCUUAAAGUAAUGAUGGACUCACAACACCCUGUCGUUCUCCACUAACAUCAAGGCGGUGACCCGAUCCUGUAGGUUCAUGCUCUACAACAUUCGGAGAGUACGACCCUGCCUUACACAUGAAGCGGCACGGGUCCUAAUCCAGGCACUUGUCAUCUCCCGUCUGGAUUACUGCAACUCGCUGUUGGCUGGGCUCCCUGCCUGUGCCAUUAAACCCCUACAACUCAUCCAGAAUGCCGCAGCCCGUCUGGUGUUCAACCUUCCCAAGUUCUCUCACGUCACCCCGCUCCUCCGCACACUCCACUGGCUUCCAGUUGAAGCUCGCAUUUGCUACAAGACCAUGGUGCUUGCCUACGGAGCUGUGAGGGGAACGGCACCUCCGUACCUUCAGGCUCUGAUCAGUCCUUACACCCAAACGAGGGCAUUGCGUUCAUCCACCUCUGGCCUGCUGGCUCCCCUACCUUUGCUGAAGCACAGUUCCCGCUCAGCCCAGUCAAAACUGUUCGCUGCUCUGGCGGAACAAUGGUGGAACAAGCUCCCUCACGACACCAGGACAGCGGAGUGACUCACCACCUUCCGGAGACAUUUGAAACCCCACCUCUUUAAGGAACACCUGGGAUAGGAUAAAUUAAUCCUUCUACCCUUACCCCCCCCCCCAAUUAAAAAAAAUAAUAAUAAUAAAUAAUAAAUAAUAAUAAUUGUAAAGUGGUUAUCCCACUGGCUAUAAGGUGAAUGCACCAAUUUGUAAGUCGCUCUGGAUAAGAGCGUCUGCUAAAUGACGUAAAUGUAAAAUGUAAAUGUCUUUCAGCAUGACAACGACCCGAAACACACAGCCAGGGCAACUAAGGAGUGGCUCCGUAAGAAGCAUCUCAAGGUCCUGGAGUGGCCUAGCCAGUCUCCAGACCUGAACCCAAUAGAACAUCUUUGGAGGGAGCUGAAAGUCCGUAUUGCCCAGCGACAGCCCCGAAACCUGAAGGAUCUGGAGAAGGUCUGUAUGGAGGAGUGGGCCAAAAUCCCUGCUGCAGUGUGUGCAAACCUGGUCAAGACCUACAGGAAACGUAUGAUUUUUCCCCAGGCUGGGAAGACUGAAUCUGCAGUAGGUAAGCAGCUUGGUUUGAAGAAAUCAACUGUGGGAGCAAUUUUUAGGAAAUGGAAGACAUACAAGACCACUGAUAAUCUCCCUCGAUCUGGGGCUCCACACAAGAUCUCACCCCGUGAGGUCAAAAUGAUCACAAAAAAAUCAUUUUGUCUGUCAUAGUUGACGUGUACCUAUGAUGAAAAUUACUGGCCUCUCUCAUCUUUUUAUGUGGGAGAACUUGCACAAUUGGUGGCUGACUAAAUACUUUUUUUCCCCACUGUAUAUAUAUAUAUAAAAAAACAUUUUUUUUGCUUUGUCAUUAUGGGGUAUUGUGUAUAGAUUGAUUAAAAAAAGUUAUAAUGUUAUCAAUUUUAGAAUAAGGCUGUAACGUAACAAAAUGUGGAAAAAGGGAAGUUGUCUGAAUACUUUCCGAAUGCACUGUGUAUUUCAACCUCUGUUAUGUAGUCCUCUGUAGCUCAGCUGGUAGAGCACGGCGCUUGUAACGCCAAGGUAGUGGGUUCGAUCCCCGGGACCACCCAUACACAAAAAUGUAUGCAUGCAUGACUGUAAGUCGCUUUGGAUAAAAGCGUCUGCUAAAUGGCAUAUUUAUUUUUUAUAUUUAUGAAUUACCAAUGCAUCAGGUCAGUGUAGCUUUAAGACAUCAAGUCAAUGUUGUAGCUUUAGGAUAGCAAGACCAUACCGCUUUAAAUAGGCACAUUAAUGAACUAUAUGAUGUAAAAAAGGAAUACCAGGACACUUGACAAUGGUCUCAGCUGUGCCUUUACUUUAUGGAGAAACGAAAACUAUCUUUCUCUGGUGCCAUUCACUGAGCCCGUUCUAGGUGUGUAAUAUUGAAGAACGUUUAUUAACCAUUUAUUCCUGUCCAGGUGCUGAUCAAGCCCAAGCCCAUCUUCCAGACGGCAGUGUUGAGCGAGCAGACCAGGCAGCUGGUGAGCGAGACACUGCAGCAGGCGUCCAGGGUGGCUGACGCACAGGAGGGGGCGCUGAAGGACGUGACAGGUGGCAUCGCUGAGGGCAGCUCCCCGCCCGCCGAAGGCUCCCACGGCAGCAGUCACGGUACGUUGUGGCACUCCACAUCACAAAUCAAGAAAUACAUAAUAUAGCCUGCAGCCUAACUACGGGAACAAAAAGGACAGUCAAGUUAAAACUGUGUAUUGUAGUCUCACACAGCUAUUGACUACUUCAGCCGUAGUAUGAAAGUGUGUCUAUUCUCACAAGUAUUCAGCUAAGUUCCCUUCACUUUCAAAUGGUAAAAAGCUCCACUCGCAUAAUAUAAUUAUUUCAAUUCCCUUUUAUUUGAAUGCCAUGUCCAAUUUAAUUCCCACAUCGACUGGAAUGUAAAGGGAAUCUGCCCAAUUUCACAUGACAUGACUUGUUUUGGUUGUUGUCACCGGUCAGACUCCCAGCCCGUAGUGCACAUCAUCUCCUCCAGAGGGCAGGAGUGGGCCGAGCAGCAUGAAGUGUCGGUGGAGUCCGGCCCCACUAUCAUCUACCAGGACGUGUCUACAGGGAACCUGACCCAGUCGGCCACCUCGACCAUCAAGGCCCUGCUGGAGCUGCAGCAAACCACAGGUGACUGACAGACUGACCGCCAUCACCAUGGCAACUAUCACCCCACUUAACAGGGUUUGGGUCAAUUCCAUUUCAAUUCAGAAACUGAGUUAUCUUCCUGGCAACAAGGCUAGUCACCUGUUAAUAGGGCUUGUUAUUAUGGCUGGGAUUCUAUCCCAACAGUCAGGAGAAGAACUCUGGGGGUUUUCCAAACCACUUCCCCUUUGUAAUCUUUACUGCUGUGGACCGUUCAGAGACUUCUUGUAAAAAGCUGUUUGUUGUUAUAUAUGGUCUGUGUGUUGAGUGCAUGACUGUGUGUUGAGUGCAACUGAUGCCUGAUAUACAAAAACAUCCCCCUUUUUAGUAUUUGCAGAUAGAAACUAGAUGGCGCCAUCGCCAUAUUGCACCUAUCUAGUCCUUGCUAUAGUGAUAGGGUUGGCUAAUCUUGGCAGGGUUAUGUACCAGACCUGAUUUCAAUUAAUGUGGAUAUUUAAUUUAUACACCACGAUUAGUUGAAUUCGGUGUGUUAGUGCUGUGCGAAUAUCCUGACACUGCAGCCCCUCAAACAUGAAUUUUAAUACAAACGACUUGGGAAGAAAGCCCCAGCUCCCGACACCUCAGUUUUUCCACACACGAGCCGACACACAAUUUAUUACCGGUGCGAUUAAUGGUCCCCGUGGCUUCACUCAAACACAGCCUGCUAGCAGGUCAGGUGACAGGAUUCUCUGGGAGAAUCGGAUGUAAAAGUGUCCGACGUGAGGUCAGACUGCUCCGAAUUCACAUAUAAGCGACGUACUUUGUCGUCCCGCGUCUUUACAAUAUAAAUGGAGUAGUUGUUUAUUUUGAUGAUUGAUGGUGACAGUCUCUGUUGCUUUUACAGUGAAGGAAACGGGUGAGGCCAAGCCCAGGCAGCACACCAUAGACCUGAGCCAGAUGGCUGUGCCCCUUCAGAUGGCCCAGGACAACAAGCAGCAGAUCCCAGGCUCCCCCGGGACAUCCACUGUAGAGACUGAACCAUCCACUGAAUACAUCACUGCCGGUACAUGACCUGACCACUCAGGGUGCCUCCCAAAUGGCACCCUAUUCCCUAUAUAGUGCACUACUUUUGACUAAGGUCCAGCCCUGUUCAAAGGUAGUGCACUAUAUAAGGGAUAGGGUGCCAUUUGGGAAGCGAGCUCACUGAAACAUUUCUCCCUGGGCAUUACACACAGCCAAGACACUAUAAUCUGUUUUACCUUUUUGUUUUUCAUAUUUUAUAAAUUGCCAUUAUACAGCCUAUUGUCAUCACUUUAGGAGGACACUUAAAAGAUCCCCAAAGUGAUAUGUUGUUCACUUUCUUUUCAUACUGUUUCAUUACGAAAUACAUUGAUGAAUGUCAUAGUUAGUCACCCCUUAAUAAUGAUAUUACACCAUGGAUGUAAAAUAAUACACUUUUCUACUCGUGUUCUUCAGGGGUUUAAACACAAUCGUAGCCCUCGCCCUAACCACGCUGAAAUAAGCAAAGUGAAAAAACAGCAGGCUGUUCUAUACUUAGCUGUACUCACUAAAGAAUGGCUCCAAAUAAUGCAAAGUAAUUCCAUGUUUAGAACCAGGUUUCCAUCCAACCUUGUUAUGCGAGUAAAGUAGUCAGAUAAAAAAUGUCAUGACAGGCAAAACAAAAUACACUAGACAAGGUGGAAUAUUCUUGUGUUGGGAAAAUGAAUUAUGCGAUAAAUGUCGGUGGAAAUCUAUGCGCAAAUAUUGAUAUAAUAGCCAUCAUAUCGAAUUAAACUAGGAGUCACGCGAUGACAUGUUGUGAUGACAUGUUGUGUGGUCCUCCCACUACGACUCGUCGGGAAAACAUACAGUUUAUUGGGAUACAGAUUAAAUAAGUCACGAUGAACUUCAGAUUGUGGUGAAAGUGCAAGGUGAUGAGCUUGAUGCUUCUUUCCAUUAAAUAUUGAGGGUCUUAUUCUGGUGACAUGAUGACCGAUGCUUGGCUGCCGUUUGACAAAUAAAAAUAAUCUUGUUUCUUUUGUCCAUAAUGAUCUCAUCAUGUAGGCUAUACGUGCACUCUAGCCAACAGUGCUAUAUGUGGACACUGUACUGUGUCUGCCAGCUGUUGGCUAGAGCGCACGUGCCAAUACCAGAGUGGGCACACUCAUUAUAUAACAGAAAUGUUAUUGUGACAAAACCAUCAGUAGAGUUGAAAAUGCGAUGGAAACCCAUUUAACUAUUUUAAAAUUGGGUACAUGGGAAUUUAACCACAAGGUAUUUUUAUGUGCACUACGUCAUCACGCACAUCCUUUUAACUGCAACAAGUCAAUUUAAUGGAAACACCCCUCUGGUGGGAAAAUGCGCAUAUUGUUUUUAGGUGGAUUUUAGAAUAUUCGCAUGAAAAUCUGUCGCCAAUUGGAUGGAAGCCUAACUUAUGAUGAUCUCUCUUUGUGCAGUUAAAGCCAGCUGGGUCGGACCAUCCUCUGGAGGCGGGGGGGACGUGGUCAUGUCCGCUAGCCAGCAACUGGGGGCGCCCUCAAAGAGCACAGGUCACACCCCCAUGGUGGUCAAAUCCAUCCCAACUUCCUCUGCGGUCACCGUCACACGCAUUGUCCAACUGGUGAGACAAAAGCCUACCUAGUAUAUUAACUUAAAAAUCACAAAUACAUGUUAGUCUUUGUAUUCUUUUCCUAUGUUUAUCAAAUCAGGCUGUUUAUUUUUUUCAAAUGAUAUAGUAUAGGUAAUGCAGUAUAACAUGCACUAUCUCACUGUUCAUUGGGUAAGCCUACUAGUAUAUCAAUAUGCACCAAAAUACAGGUAACUGCCAAAAUAACAGAAACACUUCAGUAAAUGAGGCAUACAAAGUAUAUUGAAAACAGGUGCUUCCACACAGGUGUAGUGUGAGUUAAUUUAGCAAUUAACAUCCCAUCAUGCUUAGGCCCAUGUAUAAAAAUCCUGGGCAGGCCAUUAUUUUGGCUACCAUGCCUAUGUCCCCAUAGGAUGACAAUGUCCCCAUCCACAGGGCACGAGUGGUCACUGAAUGGUUUGAUGAACAUGAAAAUGAUAUAAACCAUAUGCCAUGGCCGUCUCAGUCACCAGAUCUCAACCCAAUUGAACACUUAUGUGAAAUUCUGGAGUGACACCUGAGACGGUUUUCCACCACCAUCAUCAAAACACCAAAUGAUGGAAUUUCUCGUGGAAGAAUGGUGUCAAAUAGAGUAGAGUCCCAGACACUUGUAGAAUCUAUGCCAAGGUGCAGUGAAGCUGUUCUGGCUCAUGGUCGCUCAACGCCCUAAGACACUUUGGUGUUUUAUUUUAUUUUGGCAGUUAUCUGUAUAUCCAUAUAUGCCACUAGUCUCAAUGAUAGUACAAUGUCAUUCCAGGCGUCAGAGGGCCAGCUUAUCCACAGUAAGCAGGCAGAGGAGACGGUGAUGGAGGAGGGCGAACUGGAAGGGGACACCUUGGACCCCCAGACGGGCCUGUUCUACCGCUCCAUCCAACUCGCUGCAGCCCAGCCCUCUGCCCCCCAGCACCACACACUCCCCCCCCCCCAAAGCCAGUCACACUCUGAGUCCCAGUCAGAGCAGGGCAAACACAUGCCCCACUCCACCCAACCCCCACAGCUACACAGCAAGCCCCAGAUGAGCCAGCCCUCGUCCUCCACCUUGGUGAAGAAGCCACCCCAGCUCCAAGAGCAGUACCAGCCCCAGGCUCCAGGGCAGAGCCUGAAGGAGAGGCCCUCCUCUGCCUCGGGAUCCCCCCAGCUGGUUGGCCUGGGCACCCCUACCAAGCCACCCUCCCUCACCCCACAGCUCCCCAAGCUGCAGCAGGCGCCCACCUCCCACCACAGGCCCAUCCACACACAGCUGUCCCAGCCGCCACCCCUGCAGGCCCACCACCCGGUGGGUGCAGACAAGACCCCUCCCACAAGCCUGGUGAGCACCAUCCCUCUCUGAUGGACCUCCAGGGCCCAGUAACUAGUUGAUUUAUUGGUCCGGGACAGAUCAGGUUGACACAGUGAAUCAUCAACGGUCAGAUGUAUUGUGCCAUAAUGCUUUAGAAUAGAACUUCAUUUAAACUUUAUUUGCCCUCUAGAUGGAGGGCAAAUAAACAUUUAAAAGUAUUUACACCAAGUACACAUUCCAUACAUGUAAAUCUUGUUCUGAUUCACAGCACCUGUCCCUUGAUGGGGCUUUUUAAGAUCAAAGAGAUAAGACAAAGCUCUGGGCACUGUGCCACAAAGCUCAAUUCCCUUCCAAUCAGAUCAGUGUUAUUUGUACAGCAGCGCAGGGAGCCUGACAAAACCUGAAAAGAAAUUCCCAUUGUUUUUCAUUCAAAAGGGGCACCUGGGUCUGUAGAAUUUCCCCAUGCCCUACACUAGUUCCAACCAUAAAAAUGAAAGGGGAAAACCAAUGCAAUUUGACUGUAACACUCAUGGGUACAUUUAAUAUGGCCGCUGGUUUACCUAUUACAGAACGUUGACUUGAAUGGCGAUGUCUGUUUUGAUUAAUUAUAUAUUCUAUAAUUCCAACCACAUCUGUUUUUUCUGUCUCUCUCUGUCUCUCCGUCUCUCUCCCCCCCCACCCCGACACAGCCACCAAUCAUCACCCAGGGUGCCAGCGUCACCAAAAUCACCUUUGGCGGUAGCAGCAGCCACCAGUCCCCGCCCGUGUCCAGCAGUGGCGAGGCCACCGCCAAGCUGGGUCCCGCUGAGCCCAGCAGCUCGGGCCUGUCUGGCGGCGAGAAGCCCACCGUUUCGGACAUCCUCAAGAUCUCCAUGAUGGAAGCAGAGAUCGACCCUAGCGCCGAGCCAAUGGUUGUGGACUCAUCCAGCGACUGUAGCCCCUACGGGAAGGGCGUGGGGGCAGGGGGAGACUCGGGUGUGUUGGGGGGCUCAGGCCCGGUCAUCAGCAGUUCGGGGGCCUCCCUGCACCACUCAUCCCACGCCAAGCCCCAGCACGGCCAGUUUAGCCGUAACCAGGGCCUGGCGGCCAAGGGCAAAGAAGACCUGGACGUCAUUGAGGUACAUUUGUGUGAUUUCAAAGAUUUCUGUUAUAGCAUAGCAACGCCUUACUAAUUGAGUCAUAUGAUUAACAUUUCUUAAACAUUGUUUAUUAUAGGACAACAGUCAUCAUCUAAGCUUUUAACAUCUAUAGACAAUAAAAGCUUAAUAACACCCGUUACCCCCCCCCCCCCCAGGUUAUCCCUCGGUACUCGAUCAUGCCAGACUCCAGCCAGUCCAACGUGGUGGUGGAGCCCAGUGGCUUCCUGGAGAUCACAGACUACACCAGCCAGCGGCUGGACGAGGAGAGCGUCGUGGAGCAGGAGGUGGACAGCAGCAGCAACGACGAGGCCACCGCUGUCAGCCCCAUGGAGGAGGGCAGCGCCGACCAGUCCCAGUGACACCACCAUCACACAUGUCAACUCCGUCACAUUACACACGAUGUGUGACAGGGAUGAAUCAUAGAUGAGGGUGAUUACGGUCAUCACAGUGACUUGUGGUUACCUCCUGACUUAGUUAGGACCCUAAUGACUUCACGGCAAGAGGACACAAAUCUGUGAUAAAUGCGGUAUUUGCAUAACGGUAUUUAAUUAGAUCAUUUGUUGAACACCAUUUUUGAUUUGGUCGCCUUGGACAAUGUAAAUUUGAAUACAUGAUAGUACAGUUUGAGUUUCUGGCUUGUAUCAAAUCAGUCUGAUAGCCUUCAGAUUACUUCAGUUUGUUUAUAGUGGGCACAUACAGUGCAGUGAUUUAAGAUUUGUCACAGACAAUAAUGGUUGACCAUAAAGUGAUUGUAGUAACCCUUGAGGAAUUAGCACUUUGAAGUUGAAACAGUUGGUAAGAACAAUUGUUGGAAGAAAAAGAUGAAUACAAACAAACAAGUAAAUAAAUAAACUACGUUCAACCCUGUUAGUUAGGUGGGGGUUUCUGUUUUGUGUUCUCGCUGUUUGUUUUAGAAUUUUAACUGUAAACUUUUAUACAAAAGCUUAAACUGUUUUUCUGUUAAAGGACUGCACACAAUUUUACAUUCCCUUGGUGAAUGUUGUUUUGUACAUGACCUGUCAGUCCAUAUUAAUGAAUUGACCUUUCAACAUGAGGAAAUCACCAAUGUUUCAGCCAAAAGUUUAUUUGCAUUAAAUCUUAGGGGUAAAAAGAAAGCAUCAACUGAGG